AUGGUUAUUUCAUGGUUUGUGUAAUUUUGAACAUUGAAACUACAACAGGCGCCACUUGGACGCCGCUGUAUGGCACAGAUGGGGCCUGGUGCUAUGAAAGCAAUGUCGCGAGUUUAUGACGUCCUCUUUUACCGCUACCCGAGAGUAGGAUAGGAACUUUUAAGCCUACCAUCCAUCUUUAAUCAACAAUGGCCGAGGAAGGCGUCGCUGCUGGAGGUGUGAUGGAUGUCAACACUGCUCUCCCUGAAGUGCUUAAGACCGCUCUCAUCCACGAUGGCCUCGCCCGUGGUAUCCGUGAGGCUGCUAAGGCUCUGGACAAGCGUCAAGCCCAUCUCUGCGCCCUUGCAGGCAACUGCGAUGAGCCCACCUACGUCAAGCUGGUGGAGGCCCUCUGUGCUGAGCAUCAGAUCAACCUGAUUAAGGUUGAUGACAACAAGAAGCUCGGCGAGUGGGUCGGUCUGUGCAAGAUCGACCGUGAGGGCAAACCCCGCAAGGUUGUGGGCUGCAGCUGUGUCGUUGUCAAGGACUAUGGCAAGGAGUCUCAGGCCAAGGAUGUGAUUGAGGAAUACUUCAAAAGCAAGAAAUAAAAUGUCAAUAAAAAGUGGAAAUGGA